AUGUCGUUCCCCGAGACGACACCGGUUCGCGCCGUUCCCGGCGCGUUCCUCAAUACUCCGGCUGUUGCUUCGCGCUUCCGCACUGAACAGGACCCAGUCAGCAAAAAUCUGUUUCCACGAUCCGAGUCUGGUCAGAGGGCCGCCUCCGGGUCGCUGCGCAGAAACUCGUCCUCCUCUACAUCUCGGUCACGCGCGCUGGGCCGCUCUGGCCUGGCAUCUAGCCAGACAACGGGCUCUCUUUUGGAUAUGACUGCACAAUCAGGCGACGCGGCCGCUGUCGCUCCCAUAAACCCUGUUCCCGUACGGCGCGUCGAAAAUAUCCCGCCAGUCGUGCGUGCUGCCAGAGCCAUCAACGGUUCACUAACCAGCGACGAAAACUUUCCCGACAUUGACUCGUACUGCAGACAGGGCGCAUCAUCCGAUUAUGAAAUUCCCGUCACCGACACCGCCUGGUCGCCCUUUCACAAGAUUCACAUGUACCCCAUACCAAACCAAGUCUUCGAUCACUACAACACCGGCGAGCUGCAGACACUGAUGGGAUUGUUCGCUGAAAUCAACCAUGCCUGGGUUGUUAUUGACAACUCGCUCUUCCUCUGGGACUAUACCAACAACGAUGCCGAGCUUAUUGGCUUUGAGGACCAGCCACACACCAUUCAAGCUGUCGCGCUUGUGCCGCCCAAGAAGGGUAUCUUCGUCAACACUAUUACCCAUAUCUUAGUUGUCGCUACCUCAUCCGAAAUCAUUCUCCUUGGCGUGUCGGCCGCCUUGACACCAGCCGGCACAAAAACCGUUUCACUCUACCAGACCAAGAUGUCACUCCCUCUGCGAGGCAGCGAUGUUCGCGUCAUCACAGGAUCAGCUGAUGGCAGAAUCUUCUUUGGUGGUACCAACGAUGUUGACAUUAGCGAGUUGUAUUACCAAUCGGAGGAGAAGUGGUUCUCCAACCGCUGCGGCAAGAUCAACCAUACGAAUCCAGGCUGGUCGUCGGUCGUCACUCUGCAGUCUGGCUUCUGGGGCAGCAAGAACCCCGAGCAUCUGGUCGACAUCGUCAUUGACGACUCACGAAAUCUGCUCUACACGCUGUCCAGCACAUCGACAAUCCGAACCUACCACAUGGAGGCACCCGACCGACUCAAUAAGGUUAUUGAGAAGGAAAAGGUUCACUGCCUUCGCGAUAUUGCUCACAUGAUCUCCCAGUCCAAGCUUCUCACGGAUCGAAUGAGAAUUGUGUCCAUCAGCCCCCUCCCGAAGCAGGAAGCAUCAAAAAUACAUCUCAUGGCAAUGACUGACACGGGCUGCCGAAUCUUCUUUAGUGCUACGAGCGCUGCAUCUUAUAUUUAUGGCUCCCAAAACAGCAUGAUUCCUCAAAGCAUGCAGGUUCAGUUCAUCAAAUUCCCACCAAGUCCCUCUCGCCGCUCUGCGCAAAUCGCCCAGCCUGCUGCGGCCGGUGCGGAGAACAGCAUUGAGUUGAGCUCACCGAUGCUUGUUCCUAGCAGACAUGGUGCGCGCUUUGCACCUGGCGUGUUUAUCGACUUUGUCGGAAAAGAAGACGACGCCAACGCUGAUACUCUCUUCCUCUCCGCCCCCGAGUCUGCCCGAAUCAAAAACACGAACAAUGCCACGCCUCUGCGCUACUACGAGCAAGCAUCUUGGAUCGAAAUCGGAAGCCGUGCUGAGGCUGUUGGACUCGUGACCAAGCCCUUUGCCGCCACCAACUCGCCGUGGGGCUUCGGUAACGAACUUGCUGUGCAGUUUGAUGAGACACCGCCCGAGAUUGCUAUCUUGACCAACACUGGCGUUCACGUUGUACGCCGUAGACGCCUUGUAGACAAUUUUGCCGCUGCAAUCCGCGAUGCACCUGGUGAGGAGGGUUUGGAUUUAGUGUGCCGGCGUCUGAUCCAGCUCUACGGUCGAAUAGAAACUGUUGCUACCGCUUUGGCUGUCGCUUGCGGACACGGAGGCGAUGCACGAAUUGGGUUGGCCCGGGCUGUUGACCAGACUACUCAAGACCGUGCUCGUGGUAUCUUUGUUGAGAUGGGUGGCCAGCCUACUCUUGCGGAGACGGAUGGCGCUAGCUUGACGACUGACUCCGUGCGACUUUCUUCGAGGCAUGAUGCCCUGUCACUCUAUCUCUCUCGUCUGGUCAGGAAGCUCUGGAAAUCCAAGGUCAUCAUACAGGGCGUCUCACCAACCGGCGGUCUUGCUGUCGUCUCCGCUGUUCCUAUCGACAGACUCAGUGCCACCCAAGAAAACUUGGAGCGUCUUCGCAAGUUCAUCGAAGCUAACCGUGGCCUUAUUCAAGGCAUGUCCGGUCCUUCUGACCUCCAGCGCACAGGUACACGCCAAGAAGAGAUUGCUCUGCAGGCCGAGCACCAGGCUUUGCACGCGCUACAGAAACUUAUGGAAAGCAUCUCAGAGGGUAUCUCAUUUGUUCUCAUGCUGUUUGACGAGCGUGCUUCCGACGUUUUUAUGCGACUUGACGAGCCUGCUCGACAGCAGCUUCGUGACCUCACCUACGAGACCUUGUUCUCCCAGCCGCACGGCAAGGACCUGGCCAAGGUCUUGGUCAAGGCCAUUGUCAACCGUAACAUUGAAAGUGGCUCCAAUGUCGAGACGGUGGCUGAUGCUCUCCGCAGACGUUGUGGCAGUUUCUGCAGUCCUGACGAUGUUGUCAUUUUCAAGGCUCAGGAGCAGUUGAAGCGUGCCUCUGAACAGCCUAUUGACACCACCCAAUCACGAAAUAUUCUUCUGGAGAGCUUGAAUCUGUUUGAAAAGGUUGCUGGCAGUUUGGCGUAUAGCAAUCUUCAGUCUGCUGUCAGCCAAUACGUGGACCUCAGAUACUACGCCGGUGCUGUGCAGCUGUGCCUUGUUGUUGCUCGGGAGAAGGACCGCGGCAACAGUGCCCUUCUGUGGAUUCAAGACGGCAAACCUGCCGGUGACCCUCGCGCCGAGGCUUUCGACGAGCGCAAAAGGUGCUACGAUAUGAUCCAUCAUGUUUUGCGCCACCUGGACCAGACCUCGAGCAGGGAACCCGAGCUCAUAGACGGGAAACCCACCGUGAUAGCGAUGAAGAGAAUGGAGACGUAUGACGUUGUGAAUGGCUCCGACGACGAGGUCUUCCACUUUGAUCUCUACGAGUGGUAUAUCGAGCAAGGCUGGACGGACCGCAUUCUGGCGAUAGAUUCGCCGCAUGUCGUCACCUUCCUUGAGCGUUUAGCCGGAACCAACAUCGAGCACGCCGACUUGCUGUGCCGCUUCUAUACCAACCGCAGCCGCUUCUUCAUGGCUGCCGAAGUGCAGGCUGGCUUGGCGCAGUCUGAGUUUGCAAUCGGUAUCAAGGACCGCAUCAAGCUGCUCAGUUUGGCCAAGGCCAACGCUAGUGUUACCACAGUCGGUGUGAGCAGGCAGCAGCAGCAGAUGCUCAACCACGAAGUCACUGACCUGCUGGACAUUGCCAACAUUCAAGAUGAUCUGCUCGGACGCCUGCGUGCCGACGAGCGCAUCGACCCCGAGAGAAAGGACGAGAUUGGAAAGGCUCUCGAUGGAAGUAUUCUCGACCUGUCGGAACUGUUCAAUAACUAUGCAGACCAGGCGGGAUACUAUGACCUUUGCCUUGUCAUCUACCACACCGCCAACUACCGCAACCCGACAACCAUUUCGACGACGUGGAGCAACCUCAUCCAACAAACUCACGAUGAAGUAAUUUCGCGUGGGGAGGAGCUCCAGCCCGGCCAGGCCGAGCCCCCGCUCCCGUACGAGGCCGUCAGCAGCAAGAUCCAAAACAUUGCGCACUACACGUCUCUGGACAGCUUUGUCUUUCCCAUCCAGACACUGCUGCCGGAGCUGUGUCGCUAUGCCGUCGCCUACCAGCAAGAUGCGACGAUUGGCGCCAACGCCAUGUGGCCCGUGCAGCUCUUCCUGUCGCUCGGCGUCUCGCACAAUAUGAUUGUGCAGGUGUUGGAGAAUAUUUUUGACACGCAAGACCACGGCUUCUCCGGCAUGGUGCGCAACCGCAUGAUUGAACUCAUUGUCUUCGUGGUCAAUGAGUGGGCAGCCGAGGCCAGACGGCGCGGCGGACAGGCCAAUGGUGGUACUAUUGGUGCUGCGGUCGGCGAGCUGCUUGCGCGCUGCGAGGCUGCGCUACCACCGCCCGGCCAUGGAAAUAACAAUGGCGGCGCGGAUCUUGCGGAUAUUAGACGCGUGCUCAAGGCUCUGCGACGCGAAGUCGCGGGCCUCGUGGAGCGUGCGCCGUCGGCCAGUUUGCGCUGGUAG